CAGAGUUACGAAAAACAACAAAUGAGAUAACACGUCCGUUCAUUAUUACACGCGCAACAAGAACGGCUAGUGUAAUUUAUUAGGUAAAAAAAAAAAAAAAAUAGUAACAAUAAUAACAAUAAUAAUGCUAUUAUAAUAAAAAAUAAUGUAAAUCAUGUACAAAACGAAAUGUCUGAAAACGUCCUUUUAGUUUAAGUGUUGAAAUUCGGUCCGUCGGUAAUCUUAAAUAUUAUAUAUUUUCAUUUUUUUCUCCCGUUUUUUUGAUUUACAAAUGACACAGCAUGUACUGCCAGCCAAACUGCAACAACUCUACGUCCAAAUUGAAAGAUGGAGUUACCAUGAGAGAAAAGAAGAGUGGUGCUUUAAGCAAAGUUCAAAAAAUUAAAAAACGCCUGAGCCAUAGUUUUGGCCGACUGUCUAUUUCUAAAGAAGAUCCUGAUCGUAACAGAACAUCUCGGGAUGCACUGCCCAGUAAAUUGCAAUUCAAUGGUUAUUCUGAGGAGUACCUAGAUCGAAUUGAACCAAACGGAAACAUACCUUGUGCCAAUGAUGAACACUUGUCCAGAUACGACUGGAGUUCUGGUCUUGGUGAUCAAGAACGAGUUAAACGACAGUUAUCCGUGUCGUCUGAUUCGAAGCUGUUGGACGAAGCUAUAUGCGAGGAGACACGUGUCAUACUAAGACCUAAGAAACCUCCUAGGCCUAAAUCUGAAGUGUUCCUAAACCAACCCAACCACAGACGAACCAAACGGUAUUCGGCAUUUGGGGGAGAUUCUCCAUUUGGAAAAUCAGAGGCGUACAUAAAAUUAGACCCGCUUGGUGAAGGUUCCUAUGCUACCGUGUUUAAGGGGUACAGUAAUUUGACCAAUCAAGUCGUUGCGUUAAAAGAGAUAAGACUACAGGAAGAGGAAGGUGCACCUUUCACGGCGAUCCGUGAAGCUUCGUUGUUGAAAGAACUGAAGCACAACAACGUGGUCACUUUACAUGACAUUGUGCACACACGCGAAACACUUACAUUCGUUUUCGAAUACGUACAUACUGAUUUGUCACAAUACAUGGAGAGACAUUCAGGAGGUCUUGACUAUUCAAAUGUACGACUAUUCAUGUUUCAAUUAUUCAGAGGAUUAGCAUAUAUACAUCAACGCCGUGUACUUCACAGAGAUGUCAAACCGCAGAAUUUGCUCAUCAGCGAGAUAGGAGAACUUAAAUUAGCUGAUUUUGGAUUGGCUCGUGCUAAAUCAGUGCCAAGUCAUACAUACUCUCAUGAAGUAGUGACAUUGUGGUAUAGACCACCUGAUGUCUUGCUUGGGUCUACUGACUAUUCAACCUCCUUAGAUAUGUGGGGUGUUGGAUGCAUAUUCAUUGAAAUGAUAACUGGUGUGCCCACAUUCCCUGGAGUACGAGAUACAUAUGAUCAAUUGGAUAAAAUAUUUAAGAUUUUGGGUACGCCCACAGAAGAACAUUGGGAAGGUUGCACACAUCUAAAAGGUUACAAAGAAGGAAGAGGAAAAAUAUUUAUGUAUCCACAUCAAAAGCUUGGUCAUGUGUUCCCCAGGUUGUAUGACAUUGCUGAAGGCGAGAACUUGGCUACGUCAUUACUUCAACUUAAUCCAGAUUUGCGUAUCAAUGCUCCAUCUGGUCUUAGGCAUAAAUAUUUUCAAUCACUUCCCAAAGCCAUAUAUGAUCUUCCAGAUGAGGUGUCUAUUUUCAGUGUGAAGGGCGUUCAUCUGAGUCAUGAAUCAAGAACUACGUUCAAGUGUUAAAUGUUUUUUUUUAGUAAUUAUGAAGUUAUUACUAAUUAUUAGCUCAAUAAAAUUAAAAAAUAAUAUUAUGUAUAAAUAUAGUUGUUUACCAGAAACAUUGAGUUGUGCGGCCCAAUCGGGGCUCUACGCGUCUCGGCUAUUGAGCCAUUUUGCUGUGAUGAUGAUUAUUUUAUAUUUCCUAUAUUCAUACUUAUAAAUGUUAGUAUAUCAGUGUUGUAAAGGGCUUCUAGAAUGAAAAUAUUUAAAUAUUAAAAAAAAAAACAAAAAAACAAAAAAAACAAUCAGUUAUAUUGCAAUUAUAAACUUAUUAAGUAUAUGAAAAAAAAAAUCAGAACAAAAAUGAAAUAAUAUAAGAUAUAUAAGAUAUAUUUUUAGGGCGAUAAUAAUUCUUCUGUGUUUACUACUUAUGCAGUUUUCACAACUAAAAUAUUAGUAUUUAAGGCAAAUGAAAUUGCUCAACAAAGUGGGGGUCAACUGUAUAACAAUCUAGUUACAUAUAUUAUGUAUACUUACAGAUACUUAUUAUAUUUGUAUUUAUAAUAUUAAACAUUACAUUUAAACUGAACAAAAUAACUUAAAUACACUCCCCACAUUCGCUUUGCCGUCCCUUGAACGUCCAGUAAAUAUGAUAUUAUUGUGUUUGAAAACAUUCCUAAAGUUGCAUCAAUCACAAAAUUUUCCUCUACGAUUAUAUUUGUUUUUGAAUAGUCUAUUUUACAUUUGCCGCUUGCCGUCCAAUGGGUCCGUCAAAGCAAAAUAUUCCUCUGAACACACUUUAUUUAGCCGAUAACUUAAACAAAAUUUCCAAGAUGACUGUUCAUUGACAUCAGAUUUUAUGUUAUUGUUAAACUAUUUAACUAUAGGUACCAUUCUGCGUACGUUCAUUUAUAUUAAUGGUUGUGUUUUUAAGCACAUUAUGUAUUAACUUUAUGCAUUUUACAUAUAUAUAUAUAUAUAUACCUACUUACGUGUAUAUAUAAUAUGUCUCUUUUCUUUUCUUUUUUUUUAAUAUUUAUUUUGUAUUCAAGUAAAAUGUAUACAGAGGUUGAGUUAAGAAAUACUAGAAUUAAAUCAAAAUUUUGAUUUAAUCAAAUUAUGGAUGUAUAAUUUAUAUUUUAUUGUAAUUUUUUUAUAGUUUUAAAAAUCAUAACUAUUUUUUAUUUUUGUUUUUCUUUUGGUGUACACUAGCCAUUUUUAGUUUUUUUUUAUUUAAAAUUGUGUAACUCAACCUUCUUAGGUACAUAGUAAAUCUUAGUUCAUACAAUGUUAAAUAAAAAGAUUUUUUUUUCAAACUAAUUUCAUUGUCUCUCUUAAUAGAUAGCAAAUAUAUUAGUGGCUAAAUAUUAUAUUAACGAAUUAAUAGAUUAUAAAUGAUGACACAUUUAUGUAAUAGAUAUUUCACUGUGUCCCAAAUUUUGCACACGCUAGUGAGAUAACCAAUUUUUGUCACUAAUGAAGUCAAUUAAUUUAUUGUGAAUGAUGAAGUCGUGUACUUUAGUAUUUUUUUUUCUAUAAAACAUAUUUUGUAUGCAGUAUUCUUUUGUGAAACAUUUAAGGCAAUAUAUUAUGUGGAUUUCAACUGCGAUUGUAAAUCAUUGUGUUAUAUGUUAACAAUUGUAACAAUUUAGUAAAAUUUGUGUAAUUUAUUUCAAAAGGAAAACAAAAAAAAAAAAUGUUUAUAAUGCCCUUCCCGUAUCAUU